CAACCGGAAGUUUACUCAUCAAAACGAAAAUAGAAACUUUCCACCGAGAUUCAGGAGUUCUUCGAGUUCAAUUUCACUAUUGCAGCACAAUGGGAGACAAAGGAGAUACGAAGAAAGAUAUGCCAGAUGCAAAUCCAAACCUUGUGUCUGACACAGAUGCUAGAUAUGGACAUGGUUCUGGUGGAAUAUUCUCAAAAGGACAAAGCAGAAAACCUGUCCCUAGAACUACCAUAUUAACAGAGGCAGAACUCAACAGUCCACUCUACAAGAUGGACCAUGCAAGACGUGGAAAGGCAGUCAUCAUUAAUAAUAAGGAAUUCAAAGGCAACAUGGGACUUGGGGACAGAAAGGGUACAGAUGUAGAUGCGUCGGUCAUGUACCGCAGACUGCAGGAACUUGACUUUGACGUUACACUAGAACACAACCUGUCUGCAGACAAGAUGCAACAGAUCUUAAUUAAUUUGUCACUGGAAGACCACAAUGAUUGUGACUGUCUGUUUGUUGUUGUCCUGAGUCAUGGGGAGGACGGUGUGGUCUUCGGUACAGAGGGGUCAGUUGAGGUCAAGAAGCUGUUUGAACCCUUCAAAGGAAACAAUUGUCCUAGUCUCGCAGGCAAACCAAAAAUCUUUGCUAUACAGGCAUGUAGAGGCUCCCAGUUUGAUGAUGGUUUAGGCGUAACAGUCGCAGAUGCAGAAGGAGUGAUGGAGGUUGACAGGACUGUUAGAACACAAUCCAUUCCUGCCGAGGCCGAUUUCCUUGUCGCCUACUCUGUUGUUCCUGGGUAUUACUCAUGGCGGAACUCCACAAAUGGAUCAUGGUUUAUUCAAGCCUUGUCAUUGGCCUUGGAUGACGAGAAGUUAAAAGACCUGGAUUUCUUACGUCUCCUUACUGUGGUUAACCGGAAAGUGGCCUACCAUUUCCAAUCGCAGACAUCUGAUCCUCGUAUGGCAAUGAAAAAGCAAAUCCCUUGUAUAACAUCCAUGUUAACCAAGGAGAUAUAUUUCAACCCAAAGUAACAUUUUGUAACUCUCCGAUUAGGUAUAAAUUUGAUAUUUUUCAGUUGAAUGAGAAACAAUAUUCAAAUCUGUCCUGAGUUACUGAUAAGCAUUGGUGGAGUUUGUAAAGGUUCGAACAGUUGAGAUAUGCGUGUAUGAAAAUUUAUGAACUUACUUGUUAAGUUUUUGAUGAACACGUACAUCCUGAGAAAUAUCCUGAAUUUUUUUAAGCAAACAGUUAUUAUACUUAUCCUGUACUUUAAAACAAAAAACUGAUUUUAUUUCCAAAUAUGGUAUAUUUGUAAAAGUUAUGUCAAAUUCAAGUAUCUUCACUUUGAUUAUGAACAAUUCACUUUGAUUAUGAACUGAUAUUAUGGAAAACACAUUUUGAAUUCAUGGCCAUAUGAUGACAUUUUCAUACCCAUAUGAUGACACUUACAUGUCCAAAUGAUGACACUUUCAAUAUGAUCUCUCUUUUUUGACUUGCCAUCCUACUUGAUAUUAAGAAAGCCCUCUGCACACUAUAGAUGCAUUAGAUACUGAAUUGAUGGAUGACUUCCCUUUUUCCAUUUGAUAUCAGAUUCACACAAAUUAUUUAUCCAAACCGAAUAACCAGUACUUGAUAACAAUAUGUUGGGUUUUUUGGGGUUUUUUUUCAUGUUAUAAUGAACAAGAAAUUGAACUCUACCAA